AUUCAAUAAAACUCCAUCGGUUUUCAAGCGAUUCGUCAACAAAUCAAUUGAAGCAAGAUUCAAUACAUUCGGUCACAUUCUGUUUUCAAAAGGCCAAGUAAAAGAUGUGUUCAUCUAUUUAGAAAGAGGAAUAAUCCAAGUGAUGUCCUGUUUUGACAGUUCGACUCCCAUUCUAUCGUUAUUCCCUGGAACUUGUCUGGUGAUCAAGUAUGUGAAUCUACGUCGAUCGAUACUGAGAGGAAUGCAAUUCCAUAAAACAACAAAGUCGAUUACGGACACAAUGAAAAACUACCUGCGGUUGUUGUGGGACAACCACCAUGGGUGUCAGGUGCCCCAGCUGUUGUUGCGGUCGCCGGUGCCGCUGCAGCAGAAGCUCUGCUGGAUUCUCUACAGACACCACUUCAACGAGCACCUACUCUUUUCAGGAUGCAAUGUGCUAUUUUUGCGUCAGCUGAUCGUGCACCUGAAAACCCAGUUUCUGUUCCCUGGAAACGUGGCCGUCGAGUCGGGAAUUGUGGACGACACCAUGUACUUUGUGCACAAGGGCGAAAUCGACAUCUACGAGCGGGACGACAUCGACUCACACUCAAAGUGGAGGUUUGUCUCCAAGAUGGCCACCGGUGGCUGCUUCGGCAUCGAGCAAGGCCUUGGUCGCGGAUUGGCUCACUCUCACAGGAUUGUUGCGCACACCUGUGUCACUCUGCUCAAGCUCGAAUUUCAGUCAUGGUCCUAUCUUCUUUACUAUUACCCUGUCAUUAGAAAGAAAUUAAUCAAAUAUCUAGCUAAUAAAGGCAUUUCAUAAUCUAACAUUUAUACUGUAAAUAAAAUUUGAUAUGAAUGA